GCUUUCUCCAUCGGACUGCGUCACUCAUUUUCUAUUCAACAGCUCUCUCUGUCUCUCUCUCUGAUUCUCUAUCUCUGCAGCAACAGUGAGCUCCUGUCAAGCAAUGGCUUCCCAGAUCUGAUUGUCUCAGAUUCUCUGUUAUUCACAUUUGCCAGUCUGCAACACCGCUGCGAUAGGUGUUUUUUUGGGACCUGAACGGAGUUUAAGGAAAGCAAGAAGAGGAAGCGUAGAUGUUGAGAAUGGCGAAUUCGUUUCCGGAGGAGGCGCUAGAACAUGUGUUCUCGUUUAUACAGUCGGACAAGGAUAGGAAUUCGGUGUGUUUGGUGUGUAAGUCGUGGUACGAGACAGAGAGAUGGUGUAGGAAGAGGGUUUUCGUCGGAAACUGCUACGCGGUGAGCCCAGGAAUUGUAAUCAGGCGAUUCCCGGAUGUUAGAUCGAUAGAGCUUAAGGGGAAGCCGCACUUUGCGGACUUCAAUCUGGUACCGGACGGCUGGGGAGCCUACGGUUACCCCUGGAUCGCCGCCAUGGGCUCCGCCUACCCAUUCCUCGAGGAGAUCAGGCUCAAGCGGAUGGUGGUUACCGAUGAGGCCCUUGAACUCAUUGCGAAGUCCUUUAAGAAUUUCAAAGUUCUUGUCCUUUCCUCUUGUGAGGGAUUCUCUACUGAUGGUCUCGCGGCCAUUGCUGCCAAUUGCAGGAAUUUGAGAGAGUUGGACUUGCAAGAGAGUGAGGUGGAUGAUCUUAGUGGCCACUGGUUGAACCAUUUUCCUGAUACAUUCACGUCACUGGUGUCUCUUAACAUUUCGUGUUUAGGCUCUGAGGUAAACCUUUCAGCCUUAGAGCGACUGGUCGGUCGGUGCCCAAACUUGAAGACCCUCAGGCUCAACCGUGCAGUGCCACUUGAGAGGCUCUCAAGCUUGCUUACACGGGCUCCUCGGCUGGUUGAGUUUGGCACAGGUACAUGCUCAACUGAGGUGCGGUCUGAUGUGUUCUCUAACCUGGCAGGGACUUUCUCUAGAUGCAAGGAAUUAAAGAGCCUUUCUGGGUUUUGGGAUGUUCUCCCUACUCAUCUGCCGGCUUUUUAUCCUGUUUGCUGUGGUCUAACAUCGUUGAAUUUGAGCUAUGCCACAAUUCAAAGCCCUGAUCUUAUCAAGCUCAUUAGCCAAUGUCUGAGUUUGCAGCGCCUAUUGGUACUCGACUACAUUGAAGAUGCUGGACUUGAGGCUCUUGCAUCAUGUUGCAAGGACCUGCGUGAACUGCGGGUGUUCCCUUCGGACCCAUUUGUUGAUGUCCCAAACGUAUCCUUGACGGAACAGGGACUUGUAUCCAUUUCCUAUGGCUGCACCAAGCUCGAGUCAGUUCUCUACUUCUGCCGCCAAAUGACUAAUACGGCAUUGGUUACCAUUGCCAGAAACCGUCCAAACAUGACACGUUUUCGUCUUUGUAUUAUUGAACCACGUACACCGGAUUACCUAACACUUGACCCGCUUGAUGUGGGUUUUGGUGCUAUUGUUGAGCAUUGCAAAGAUCUCCGGCGUCUUUCCCUCUCAGGUCUUCUUACAGAUCGUGUGUUUGAGUAUAUUGGGACAUAUGCUAAAAAGCUGGAAAUGCUCUCUGUGGCCUUUGCAGGAGAUAGUGACUUGGGACUCCAUCAUGUGUUAUCUGGAUGUGAAAGCCUCCGGAAACUAGAAAUACGGGACUGUCCUUUUGGUGACAAGGCUCUCUUGGCCAAUGCUGGAAAGCUGGAGACAAUGCGAUCCCUUUGGAUAUCGUCUUGCUCAGUAAGUUUUGGAGCAUGUAAGUUACUAGGUCAAAAGAUGCCUAGACUUAAUGUUGAAGUUAUUGAUGAGAGGGAAGCUCCAGAUUCCAGACCUGAGGGCUGCCCUGUAGAGAAGCUUUAUAUUUAUAGGACUGUCGCUGGGCCGAGGUUAGACAUGCCCGGUUUUGUUUGGACGAUGGAUGAAGAUUCUUCAUUGAGGCUUUCUUGACAGAUCUCUUAAUGGAUGAAGCACUCUGAUAGGCCCAUUCCUUACUUAUACAAGAGAAAGGGGCCUGCUGCUCAAGGAGGAAUCAUGUCAGCUUCUCAAGGAGGGAUCAUUCCUGAAGAGACACAAGGGUGAAUUGCAGUGGAACAUUUUUAUUAGUAUUUUGUUAUUCUAGUAUUUGUCCUUUCUUUUAUAAGGUAGGCGAUAGGCGUGAGAAUAGCAGACUUAUACCAGAAUAACAAAAUACUAAUAAAAAGGCUACAAAUGUUCCAUUGUAAUUCAGCCACGUGUCUCUUCCGGAUGAUCCCUCCUUGAGCAGCAGGCCCCUUUCUCUUGUGUAGGUAAGGAAUGGGCCUAUCACACUCUCUAAUCUUUCCCCUAAGGAAUGGAAAUGGAUAUCGCAGGUAUAUGUUCCAUAUGCUUCUCAUUGUUUCACAUCUAAUUGUGUAGCUUGAUACAGUUGCAGUCCUAAUUGGAAUGGGUAUGUGGUGUGGAGUGGGGUAUACAGAGGCUCAAUUGCCAUUUCUUUUACGCAUGGCUGAGCUAUGGGAUACCAUUACUCCAUUAAUGAGGCAAUGGAAAUUCUUGUUCCUUACGAACAUCGAGCUGUAACUAAUUCAGAGGAUAGUCACACUGUACACUAUUUGCAGAUUUUGAAUCUUUAUGCACUUUUUAAAACCAUCCGUGGAAGUUUGUUUUGCGCUUAAUUUUGUCAUUAUAUUUAUCCCAUGUUGACGAGGAAAGAUUCGGCUUAGUUUCCGAAAGGUUCUGCCGGGUUUCUUGUUAGAAUUAUUGCUGUGUCAAUUGUGGAUCUGAAUUCAAUGUUGAAUUUGCAAGCCAUAUUGGUUCUAUUACAAGACUCCUUUAUAUG